UGAAGUAAAGCUACAGGAUCAUCCACAAUCUCCUUUAUAUUAAUAGCCAGACCCCCACCCUCUAACCCACUACUGUUUCUCUCUCUCUCUCGCUCUCUCUCUCUCUCUAACCAGAAGACCAGGCUAUAUAUACACCAUCUUCAUGGCGGCCUCAAACCCCAAUAGAAGACAAUCCCUUGCCAUGGAGAGAACUGGGCAAUGGAUAUUUUCUCAAGAAAUCCCCAGUGAUGUUAUAGUUGAAGUUGGAGAAGCCAGUUAUUCUCUUCAUAAGUUCAUGCUGGUGGCGAAGAGCAACUACCUCAGAAAGCUGAUAAUUGAAGCACAGGAAAGUGACCUUACCAAAAUUGAUCUCUCAGAUAUUCCCGGAGGUUCCGAGAUUUUCGAGAAGGCGGCGAAGUUCUGCUACGGCGUCAACUUUGAGAUAACCGUUUAUAACGUCGCCGCCCUCCGCUGCGCCGCCGAGUUUCUUCAGAUGACUGAUGACUACUGCGAUGGCAACCUCGCCGGCAGGACAGAGGACUUCCUUACUCAGGUUGGACUAUCUAAUCUCUCCGCCGCCGUUGCCGUACUCAAAUCCUGCCGGCAGCUCCUCCCCUUUGCUGACGAAAUCAAACUCCGGAGCCGCUGCAUCGACGCUGUAAGCUCCAAGGCCUGCAGCGAGGCAAGUUUUCCAUGCCGGUCGCCACCAAACUGGUGGACGGAGGAGCUUGCGGGACUCGACGUGGAUUCAUUUGGAGAAGUCAUCGCCGCCAUGAAGCAGCGUGGCGCCAAGACCGGAGUCCAGUUGUCUGAUCCUGGCGAUUCUUCAGAUUCCGAUUCUAGUUCCAAUUCGAGGACCGAGCAGCGCGAGAUUCUCCAAUCCAUUGUCUCUCUCUUCCCUUCCGAGAAAGCAGCUUUUCCAAUCAACUUCCUCUGCUGCCUCCUCCGUUGCGCAAUCUACCUCUGCGCCUCAAGCUCCUGCAAGCGCGAGCUCGAGAAGCGGAUCUCGGAGAUCCUAGAGCACGUGACCGUCGACGACCUCCUCGUGCUCUCGUUCACCUAUGACGGCGAGAGGCUUCUCGAUCUGGACAGCGUUCGAAGGAUAAUAUCUGGAUUCGUGGAGAAGGAGAAGAGCGAGUCGGUGUUCAGUGCCGGUACAUUCCGAGAAGACUUCUCUGCCGCGAUGCACCGCGUAGCCAAAACCAUCGACGUCUACCUCGCCGAAAUCGCCGCGUACGCCGAUCUCACCAUCUCCAAGUUCAACGGCAUCGCGGUUCUCAUCCCCAAAAACGCGCGAAAAGUCGAUGAUGACAUUUACCGCGCCGUGGAUAUCUACCUCAAGGUGCAUCCGAACCUGGAUGAGAUUGAAAGGGAGAAAGUGUGUAGCGUGAUGGAUCCACUGAAGCUGUCAUACGAAGCACGCGUGCACGCGUCGCAGAACAAGCGUUUGCCGGUACAGAUUGUUCUCCACGCGCUCUACUACGACCAAUUGAAGAUAAGAAGUGGCGCAGAGGAGGAUCGGAAAUCAUCCCCGAAAACUGCUUCAGUAACGGCAGCGACGACGAGGAACCAGCAGCUGCAUACUGACGUGUCACUUGUGAGGGAGAACGAGGAGUUGCGAUCGGAGCUGAUGAAGAUGAAGAUGUACAUUUCAGAUAUGCAGAAGAAUGGGCCGGGAACGACAUCUUCUGGGCCUGGGCCCACCAAGAAGCCCACGUUCUUCUCAGCUGUGUCGAAGAAACUGGGCAAGUUGAAUCCGUUUAAGCAGGGCUCUAAGGACACCUCACACAUUGAAGAUAUGUCUGUUGACUUAUCCAAGCCCAGAAGACGAAGGUUCUCUGUUUCGUAAACUUUUUUUUCUUGUAAUUUUGUGCGAUAUGUGUAUUUUAGGUUAAUUUGAUUGUAAUAUCUGUUUGUAAAAUAAUUUACAUAUAGAAUUUGAUUUGUUUUUGUGGAUGGAAA